AUGGGUAUGUUCAAAGUUCCCGACAACUUGAUUGAAGAGAUUCAUUCUAUCUUGAAUAAAUUUUGGUGGGGGAAUGGGAGGGAAAGGAAGAUGCAUUGGAAGGGUUGGUUUUCAUUAUGUAUGCCUAAGAAAUGUGGGGGUAUGGGUUUUCGAGAUCUGAGAAUUUUUAACCAUGCGCUUUUAGCAAAACAAGACUGGCGUUUGCUGCAGCAUAAUAAUACUCUGGUAUACAAGGUUCUCAAAGCCCGUUACUUUAAGCAUUCUUCAUUUCUUGAGGCUCGGAGAGGCUUCAACCCAAGCUAUACUUGGAGGAGCAUAUGGGGGGCAAAAGCUCUCUUGGAAGAGGGUCUUCAAUGGAGGAUUGGGAAUGGCCAUUCAGUCAAGGUGUGGACAGAUAACUGGGUUCCUGGAAUUGGAAAUUCGGGUACUCCUAUACCCCACGCUAAUGGUCUCCAUGACAAUGAUUUAAAGGUGGAAGGACUGAUUGAUUGGGAAAGAAGAUGCUGGAAUCAUGAUGCUUUAGCCCUACAUUUGCAUGAUGAGGAUACAGCUGUUGUUCUAACCAUACCUUUGAUCUCAGCCUUUGAACCAGACUCUCUUUACUAG